CACACUACCACAGGUCGGAACGGUUGAAGAAUGCGUUGUUUCCGGGGACACAUUUGCGCUGCACACUCCGUGUUUUUUGUGGCUGGCCAAAACAAUUCAAAAUAUUUCUUAUGUCAGUGUUUUUUAACAGGACGUUAUUGAGUUGAAAUUCCUAUUCUGGUAUCAUUUUGAAAGUCAUGUGUUUUUCCUGUUGUGGUUUGUAAAGGUGUAACGCACGGAGAGCUUGUACAUGUUUAGAGACUGUAAAUAACAACAACACACAGGUUUAGCUAGCUCCAGGUUAUGGUCAAGUGUUGUAGCUCGAGUCGUUUCCGUUGGAUAAAACACAUUACACGUAUUUAUGACCCAGAGAGAUGGCUCCGAGCAAACGGAUUCUGAAGAAAACGCUGAAGGUGGAUUGUGAAUGGAGCUCGUGCCAAGAGUCGUUCAGUCGGAUGGACAACUUCUGCAGUCACGCGGAGGGUCACCUGAGCUCUCGGGAUGUAGAGCAGGAAGACGACGAAAUGGAAGCAGAAAGAAACUGCCUCUGGAGAGACUGUGGUUUCUGUUCUGUGGAGGGUACUGAGGAGAUGCGGCGACAUCUGUUCUUUCACUGUUACCAUACAAAGCUGAAGCAGCUGGGUCAGCAGGUGCUUGACGCACAGCCGAAAAUUGGCACCUGCUCCAUCGGCUCCCAGAGCCGCAACAUCAUCCCUGAAAUCCCAGAAAACUUUAUCUGUCUUUGGGAGGAGUGUGAGCAACCACCAUAUGAAAACCCAGAGUGGUUCUAUCGCCACGUGGAGAUGCACAGCCAGUGCAUAGAAAUACCAGCAGGAGAAUGUGAAUUUCCAAUACGAUGUGGAUGGAAAGAUUGUGAAGCCACGGCUAAAGGGCGUCCUAAGAUUCGGGAGCACCUGCGCAGCCACACUCAGGAGAAGCUAGUGGCGUGUCCGGGCUGCGGGGGGAUGUAUGCAAGCAACACCAAGUUCUUUGACCACAUCAUACGACAGAGUGCCAUGGAAGGUCAGAGGUUCCAGUGUUCGCACUGUUCCAAACGAUUUGCAACGGAACGACUACUGAGAGACCACAUGAGGACCCACGUGAGCCACUACAAAUGCCCGCUGUGUGACAUGACUUGCCCGACUCCCUCCGCUCUGCGCAACCAUAUAAAGUUCCGUCACAGCAACGAGAGGCCGUACAGCUGCGAAUACUGCGAGUACAGCUGCAAGAAUCUGGUAGACCUGCGCAAACACCUGGACACCCACAGCACUGAGCCGGCAUUUCACUGCGAAGUUCCCGGCUGUGGCUUCACCUCCCGGAGCCUCAUCACCAUGAAGAUUCACCACAAAAAGGAGCAUGAGGGGAAUUUCGUCGCUCGCUACAAGUGCCAUGUGUGCGAUCAGUGCUUCACCCGAGGGAACAACCUGACCGUUCACCUGCACAAAAAGCACCAGUUCAAAUGGCCUUCAGGACACCCAAGGUUCAGGUACAAGCAGCACGACGACGGUUUCCUGCGGCUGCAGCUGAUCCGCUACGAGAGUGUGGAGCUGACAGAGCAGCUGAUGAGGGAGCGGCAGAGCAGGCAAGCGGAGGAGGAUGAGGACAGUGGCAUGAAUGAGGAAGACUCAUCGGGGGCGGCUUCCUCGGAGUUGCAGGUAGAACUGAGAGGGUUUUUGCUGGAGGAGCCAGAAGCCAGCGCGGAAGAGGGCGGUCAGGAGGAGGGGAUGUUGUACGUCCUCGCUGGAGGUUUUUCACCAACGGAUGACUCGGACAUGCAGCAGCUCCUCGAUGGUGCUCAGCAUCAGGGGUCGCAGGUGCUCUGACUGACGCAGCCCUGCAUACACAGACCAUAGACGAGAAGACAAUCUUUGAUAUUUCACAAAUCAUGAUGCAUGUCUGAGAGAUCCUGUUAUGUUUCUGAGCCUCUAAUGGGGGCUGAAAGCACGUUACCAUAAUUUAAAACCAUUGAAUUCUAGUAUUUUUGUAAUUAUUCAUUUCAUGCAUUACAUUUGUAAAGGGUUGGAUACUAAUGCCACACUGCCACGUGGGAAAGCGGUCCUAAAUUCAGUAGUCAGGCAUUUUUUAAUAGGAAAAUUCACCCUUAGAUGAAAAACACACAUUUUCCUGUCGUGCUGUUUCUUAAAUUAGAUAUUUCUGUUGUGUGUUGGAGAUACACAACAGGGGCAUCGGGUGUGAAGCUGUCAGUCUUCAUGACCCGGUUACUGAUGAUAAUCCACAGGCAUGUUGUGAAAAAUGUCAGGUAGGGAACCUUUCUAUCGAACUACACCAAAUUAAAUCAGAUGGAUAAAUAGCGCUAUAGAGACGAUGGAUAUUAUGUGUUUUUGACUUUGAGGGGUCACAAUAGUGGCGUGGUGCAUUAGUAUUCACUGAAUUGUGUGGCAAAGGGGGACUUCCUCAUAGUGCUUUAUCUCUAAAUCAAAUAAACUUGUUUUGUCUUAAUCA